UCUAGUCGUCGGCGCCCGCGCAUCCCGCUGGACGCACCGGUUCCGUUUCCGUUACAAAACUAGUUCGAAUUUCAAAUCGACGUAUUCGAAUUCUUAUUUUUUUUAUUACGAAUCUAGUGUGCCAGUGUUAAUACGUUUUAGAAAUACAUCGAUAUAUUUUGUUUUUAAUUACGCUUUUGCUUUCCAUAGAUUUAAGUUCAUGCCCUUUUUGUUUUAAAUCGACGCAUUCGAAUACUAUUUUUUUAUUACGAAUCUAGUGUGCCAGUGUUAUUACGUUUUAGAAAUUCAUCACUAUAUUUUGUUUUUAAUUACGCUUUUGAUUUCCAUAGACUAAAGUCUAUAUAGUUUUUGCGUGUUGUUUCAAAUUCUAUUUGUUAGUUCGUUUCCUUCUUUUGUUACGCGAAAAGUAUUGUGUCAAGUGUGUGUAUAGUAGUGUAAUUGUCUUUUUUUUAUACACUGUUAAUUAAUAGUGUUUUGAGGCUUUGGCACCGGGAGACUUUGGCUUUGUUGACCGUUGAUAAAUCAAUAUUGAAACUUUAAUAAUAAUGAUCAAGGAAUUAUAAUUUGAUACGAAAAUGUGGUUUGUUUUAUCAACUUUGGCAUUGUGUUCACGAUAUUAUAUAGCAGCUGGAUUAUCAGAUAACAUUACCAGCAACCCCUGCACGGACCGGAACCAUCUGUUCCUGGUCCCUGGGGUUCUCACAGCUGGCGGGACCAACCGAGCUUGCAUCUCCAGGUUCCACACUCAAGGUCCUGUUCAUGUGCUGCUCACACUUCGGACGGGGGACGAGAAUCCGGUAACGAUAUCAAGAAAACUGCCGCCAGGUGACGGUGGAUGUUUUGAAAUUGCCGUACCUCAGAAGCCGAACACAAAGGCUGACUUAAUAGUUAACGUGAGAUAUCCAGAAGCAAUAUGCACAUGGGAACGGCAGCUGACAGUUCGUAUAUCCGGCGGGAAGCUGCUGUUGGUUCACACUGACCGAGCGCGGUACAAGCCUGGAGACACCCUGAGGAUACGGGUCUUCGCAUUAAAAGCUCAUCUUGGAGCAGCAACAGGGUUGAUCAACGAAAUCUGGCUCGAAGGACCAAGCGGCGCUUGGGACGGCGCCCGCGCAUAUCAGUGGUCGAACGUGUCCAGUCAGAUGGGUAUAGCGCAAGUACAAUACAACAUCGAUGAACAGGCUCCCACUGGAAAAUGGACUGUCAGAACCAAACUUGCAGAUGGAUCUCAGGGCUCAGCUGUGUUUUUGGUGGGCAACUAUGAACUACCACCUUUUCAAAUGAGCGUUCUCCAUCCAGCUAAAGUUUUAAGGACCAGCGAGAGACUGGUUUGGACUGUUUGUGUUAGAUAUCCAUGGAGUGAAGCAACGGAAGGCAUGCUAGUGAUCAGGAUCAGAGGUGCCGGCUUCACGAGCAGCGGGGGCAUCAGAACAGCUGAACAGCUGCGGGCACCGGACGCCUGUCAUCACCACGCUAUUGCUGCCAAGCGAAUUGGACUUCACGAUCCUGACUCCCCAGAUGUUGUGAUUGCUGAUUUCUCUUUCCAGGAGACGGGAACUGGUAUCUGGCAGAAUACGACCGUGAUAUCCCAAGUAGUGGAUCAAGCCAUAUCACUAGAGUUCCAAACUAAACACCGCACUGCCAUUUCACCAGGAAUUCCUUACUUUUUAAAGGUAAGAGCAACUCGCUGGGACAACAAGCCGGGUGUAAAUGAACAUGUUCGCGUAUGUCGCUCGGCCACCACUACGACAAUGUUGCACCAAGUUGCAACAAGUAAUGCAACACAGAUCUGCAACGACGCGGUCACAGAUGAUACCGGUGUCGCUCGAGUCAUGUUCUCUUCAGCUCACGUCGACAGCGACUUAUAUCAGUUUCAGGCCACCCUGUACAACGACAGCUCGGUGCGGGCGGCGCCGCUGGAGCUGCCGGCGCUGCGCGGCGGCGCGGUGGCCGCGCUGGGCCCGCUGCGGGCCAGCCCCGGCCACCGCGACCGGGCGACCGUGCCGCUCUACGUCACGCUGCGGGACACCACGCGCCCGCUCACCGUGCACUACGUCCUAAUCACACGUGGUGGAAUGAUCUUCCGUUGGGGUACGACCACACAAUGCGUGCUUGCAAACUCGAGUGACCACUUCCAACCAAUGCCCAAGGACAGUUACUGCUAUAAUACAAAUAUCCCAAAACUGGACACAAACGGGGUGACACUCGACACGACAGAUUCGCUACUGGACCGCCAUUUGUUAAGAGUGAUGCUGCAAAUCAAGCUAACGAAACAAAUGUGUCCGGAGAGUCAUCUGAUCGCUUAUUUUUAUUAUAAGGACGAGUUGAUUAGUGCGAGUAAGCAGUUUGACAUGGAAGAAUGCUUCGGUAAUAAGGUGGAGGUGUCGUGGUCCCCGCCGGUGGUGUCCCCGGGGCGGACGGCGCGGCUGGUGGUGCGCGCGGAGCCGCGGGCCGUGUGCGCGCUGGCCGCGCUCGCCGCGGGGCGCUCCGCCGGGGGCUCCGCCGGGGGCUCCACCGGGGGCUCCACCCCCCGCGUGCCCCCACUGCUGGCCGCCCUGCGCAGGCACAUGCACUACCGCGCCAACCUCACGCAGUACGACGCCUCCCGACAGUGCUUCCUAUCUUCAGACAUGUCAGAACUUCCCACAAAUCGACUGGAUCUGAUGACAAGUUGGCUGGCUGCAGCCGGAAUACGACUGUUGGGUGGAGAUGUAGUUCCCUCCACACGCUGCAUUCCUAGACCGGCACCUCUAAUUGAUAUAGAGGCCACAAUACCAAGGAGUGAUUUUUCAGAGAGCUGGCUAUGGAAACUGAUAGAAGUAGGAGACAACGGUUCAUUCACCGUAAACGCUGUUGCUCCUGACUCGAUCAGCAAGUACGAUGCUGUGGCCAUGUGCGUCACUAAGACUGGAGUGGCUGUGUCGGCACCGGCUACUUUGAAGGUUUUUCGCGAGUUUUUCAUCCACGCUGAUGCACCGAAGCGACUCAGACAAGGAGACGAGACUGUGAUACGAUACAGAAUCUUUAAUUAUCUGCACCAUCCUCUCAGUGUCCAGGUGCAGGCUAUGGCUGGUCCCACGCUGCAGGUGCCGGCGCGAUACGUGGAGGCGGCGUGCGUCGCAGCGCGGGCCUCCGCCGCGCUCGCCGUGCGCGUGCGCGCGCUGCUGCCUGCCGCUGCGGGGCUCGGGCUGCGCGCGCGGGCCGUGCGCGACCACACCUGCGCGCCCGCCGCGCCCGCCGUCAGCGAUGAAGUAAUUAUUAAAAUUACUGUGGAUCCAGAGGGUGUGCCAGUACAGGACCACCGGUCCGCAUUACUCUGCGGUGAAGGAAGCUUGGAGUCUGGAAAGUCCUACGUAACUUGGAAUUGGCCGGCAGUAGACGCCGUGCCCGGUACAGAGAUGCUGACUGUUUGGGCAGUGGGCGAUAUUGCUGGACCUUUGUUUGCAGACGCGGAUGCACUGGUGCUGCUGCCGCGAGGCUGUGGGGAACAAAACAUGGCGCGACUCGCCACCAACUUACUGGCACUGGAACAACUGGAGCCCACCUGUCCUGCUGCAGUCACUGCGAAGGAACAUGUCGCUAGAGGAUUUACUCGUCAACUACAGUAUGUCCACCCGUCAGGAGGGUUCAGCGCGUUUGGAGGAUCAGAUUCUGUACCCUCGACCUGGCUGACUGCAUUCGCAUUGAGAUAUUUACGAAGAGCUCAUAAGGUCCUCUCACCAGAUCUACCAGAGCCACCAGCGAUAGACCGAGCUGAAAAGUGGCUUCUGGAACAGCAGAUGGAGAACGGUUGUUUCAGAAAUGAAGGGCAGGUGUUCCAUAAAGAACUGAGAGGCGGUUUAAACGAAGAGGGAGAAGUGGCCAACGUCGCUCUAACUGCAUACGUCAUCACAUCAUUAGUAGAAAGCUCCGCAACACUCCCCUAUCGAGUGGUCCAGAACACUCUCUCAUGUCUCCGAGCACUGCCUCCUUUAAAGACCAAAACUCCCACAAGAGUGUAUGCGCAGGCGCUGCUAGGAUACACCUUUAUGAGAUUGAGGAAAUAUGAAGACGAUCUGAAGAAAACUAAUGAGGCGUACUUAAUGUCGGAGAAGAAGGCUGAUCUGGACGGGCUGGAGAAAGAGGAAGAGUUGGGAGAGCUGCUGGACUUGUUGAAGAUAGCGAGAAGAAGUGGAGAUUAUGUCUGGUGGGAGACGAGUAGCCUGGCGACGUCGGUGGAGGCGACGUCGUACGCGCUGCGGGCGCUGACGGGCGGGGGCGGCGCCCUCGGGGACUCCGGCCGCGCCGCCGUGCGCUGGCUGUCCGCGCACAGGAGCCCCGCCGGCGGGUUCGUGGCCACGCAGGAUACGUUAGUGGCAAUAGAAGCCCUAACGGAAUGGUCAUCAGUCCGACCACUAACCCCAACAAACUUGACGGUGACCGCCCGCAGUAGCACUGUCACCAAGACUGUCAAAUUACUACCCAACAUAAAGGUGCCUGAUGUCAUCAGACUGGAGGCGGCUGAUCAACUCAGCAUUGCUGUAAAAGGAUCCGGCUGUGCUGUGGUACAGGCCACCCGCUCCUACCACACGCUGUCUGCAAGCGAGAGUACGGACAAAGUGCUUUCGGUGCAGGUGAGCGUCCGCACGGACGGCGCCUUCCACUGCACCAACAGUAGCUGCCUAUGUGCCGCUGUUAUUGAGGCAUGCGUAAUGUGGAGCGGACUGUUCCCGGAGAUGGUGCUCCUAGAGAUGACUCUCCCGGGAGGAUACAACGCUGAUGUACAACUGCUCUACUCGCAGCUACGAGAGCCUAAUUCCUUAUUGCGUCGCAUAGAACUGAGUACAAAGAGUGACCGGACGACCUUCUACCUGGCCACCCACGACGGUAGCGACACCCUGGGCAGUGGAGGUCACCAAUGCUACAAAGUACAUGCCAUAGGCCCCAAGACCAGGACCAAGCCAGCAUACGCUCGGGUCAUGGACUAUUAUAGACCUUCAGUUAAUGAUACGCAGAUGUAUACAAUACCUGAAGAUUGCCCACCAAGAAUAUCUUUAGAAACCAACCGAUACAAUUCAUCAGAUAAUUUAUUCAACGAAGCGCGAACACUAUCUGGAGGUAUAGCAAUUAUGGACGAAUUCAUUGAGGAUAUACCUGAAGGUUCACCUUUCGAUUAUCCCAGAUAUGAUAAUUUAACGCAAGGUAUAACAAAUAAUUCUGAAGUUAAUGAGCCAUUAGUAGCAAAAGAUACAGAAAACGCUACGGAUAAAGAAGAUUUAGCACCAAUUGAAGAUACGUUAGGUUUAGAAUUAGUUGAUAAUGUUAGAAAUGUAGAUGAAAAUACAAACAAAUCAGAAGUUAGUGUGAAAUAUGAGAACAUUAAAUCAAAUAUUGAGGAUCCAAGCUCAAUCAUACUCGUUGAAAACAAACAAGAAACAAAUAACGAUAGAGAACAUUUUAAUGAUAACAUAAACGGAGAAGUUAAAGAAGAGAAUAAGCAAGAAAAUAUUGUAGAAGUUAACAAUAGAAAAACAAUUAUUGCUAACGAAAUUACGAGAACUACAGAAAUGACCCAUACAAUAGAGGAAAGAGAUGAUAUGAUAGAAAGUCAUGAACCUAUUCAGAAUCCAACUCUGUCGAGUUUCCACGUCAUAGAUACGGAGAAAGAUCUAGAAGUACCAUCCGGGAUCGAAGGACCAGUUCCCGUUGUCGUGUUACCACCGCCGAAUUUUAUGACAGUAGCUUUACCACCAGGAAUGCAGCACCCCAUGAUGCCUAGAAAUGGGGUGAACAGAGGUAUCCAAAUGCACCCCACUCAACAAAUUUACCCAUACUAUCAAAGGAAUCCUUAUUACAGAAAAUAUAGAAGAUACACCGCACCAAACGGAUAAAUAACUGCGUUAAAUUAUUAUUUAUUUGUAAUAAUAGUAAUUUAAAUAUUCUUUAUGUUUAUAGACGUUGUAUAAAUAAAUUACACUAGGGAAACACAA